AAAAUGUGAUAAUCUGAAACAUUUAAGUGUGACAAAAAUGCAAAAACAAAAACAAAAAAAAUCUGUAAGAAGGUAAAUACUUUUUCAUAUUUAAAAUGCAAAGAACACAAAAUAAAGUUAUCUUGAGCUUCGCAGAUGGAGCUCCUACCUCGGCCAACUCUGUUUGACUUUCAUGGAAUCUCCAUGAUCAAACACUUCACCGACAACUGGGACAACAUUCAGAGCUUCGAGGCAAGGCCAGAUGAUAUUCUAAUAGCUACUUACCCUAAAGCAGGAACCACAUGGGUUUCUUACAUCCUGGAUCUUCUCUACUUUGGGGACACAAUUUCAGACUGUCGUUCUUCUGUUCCUCUGCAUGAGAGAGUGCCUUUCCUGGAGAUCAGUGUACCUUCUCGAGCUACAGGUAAAGAUUUGGCAGACCAGCUCCCUACUGCUCCUCGUCUCAUUAAAACCCACCUACCAGUUCAGCUUGUGCCAAAGUCAUUCUGGGAGCAACGCAGCAGGAUUAUAUAUGUGGCGCGUAAUGCAAAGGACAGUGCAGUUUCCUAUUUCCAUUUUGGACGCAUGAACCAUGUCUUGCCAGAACCAGAAGACUGGAGCUGCUUUCUUCAGAACUUUAUGCAGGGAAAGGUGGUGUUUGGAUCGUGGUAUCAGCAUGUGACCGCCUGGUGGGAAAAGAAGCAGACUUAUUCUAAUCUUCACUACAUGUUCUAUGAGGAUUUAAUUGAGGACUCUGGACAAGAAAUCAACAGACUUUGUUCAUUCCUUGGCUUGUCCCCAACAGCUGAACAGAAGGAACAUGUCAGAGAUAAAGCGAAGUUUGACAAUAUGAAACAAAACAAAAUGACCAACUUCUCCUCCAUCCAAACGAUGAACCACAGUGUAUGUCCUUUCUUGAGGAAAGGAACCAUUGGAGACUGGAAGAACCAUUUCACAGUUUCCCAGAAUGAACAGUUUGAUGAAGACUACAAGAAUAAAAUGAAGAACUCUGCUCUGUGCUUUCGCACUGAAAUUUAAGGACCUUGCCUUAAGCCUUUUUAUAAUGAGUAUGAUUUGGUUUCCUUCCACAGUCUAAUGAAACACAAGGGCUGUUUCACAUACUGUGAAUUGCUCCUAGGUGUGUGUGUGUGUGUGUAUGUGUGUGUGUGUGUUCCUGUUUUGGCAUCACAGUGAGAACAAUCACCAUCAAAUUGAGGACCAUUUGUACCAAAGUGAGGACCUUUUGCUGGUCCUCACGACC